AUGAAUUGCUUUCUCGUAUUGUCUGUCCUGUUCCUCUGUAUGAUGAGCACUUUAGCCACCUUAACACCACAGAUGAUGGUUAGAUUAAGGAAAGAUCUUAUAUGGGGUUAUCAACAAGUAGAACAUUAUCAGCUUGAGAUUGACAGUACUAUCAUAACACACACCCCGGAAGAACUGGAGCAAUUGAAAAGUUUCAAGGCGGUUUCUCAAGGGAUUGUUGACGGUCAUGAGAAGAUCUGGUUUGACAAUGGCGGUGAGGUGAUCCCCAAGUGGGAGUGGAGCCGCAGGUACAACUCAGCCGUAAUUGAUCCCAUUAACAUGACCGUUUUCCUUAGAGCCCCAGCGGCACAAGUGGGCGGGUUAGACGAUUAG